AUGCGAUCAACAACGCUGUGCGCCAUCAUAAUGCUUGAAGAAGGAACGACUUCCCAAGUCUUCUUUGUAUUUGAUCUGCCAUGUUCUUUGAUGUUACUCCACGUCGCGUCUCUUAGUUCAUCAUCAUGCGCUUAGAAUCAUUGGUUCCCUCAAUCCCUGCAGACCUGGUAGCAGCACUCGACCAUUCGUGUGGCAUCCGAACGGAUACCGAUCUUCUCUUCUUUGGUUCUAGCUUGGACAUCAUCAAGAAAUUACCACUCGGGACUGUAACGCUUUCAGACGUGGAAAAGUUCACCGAAUUAGUAGCAGAACGGGCAUCGGCUCCUGGACAUCGGGGAGAUGAGAUUCUUGCUGACAUGGGACGGAUAUCUGAGAAACACUCUCGAGCCAGCUGUGGUGUGAGGGAACUGGAUGACCUUGUUGAUGGCUUCGGUGGCUCUCGAGUCUUUGAAAUAUCUGGAGACAAAGGAUCAGGUAAAACGGCACUUGCGCUGCAAAUAGUGAUCCAGCGUCUUGUUGCUGAUGCAGAUUCUUGUGCGUUGUGGAUCGAUACAUCUGGCGACUUCUCUGUAGAGAAGACUGCUGAGCUAGUACGACAUUGUGACUUGGCGGUAUCUGUGAACGUGUUGGAGAGGUUACAGGUAUCCUUGGGUUUCAGCAUUGAGGAAGUGCAUGGUGUUCUCGGCGCGCUGCGCAUUUCGCUUUCGAGCUCUAGGACCGUUGGACCAACAAUCCGAUUGGUAGUCCUCGACUCCAUAACCCCACUUUUGCUACCAUUUCUAAGUGCGGUAUCUUCUCAAGGGCAUGCCAUGAUGACAACGUUUAUGCGCCAAUUGCGCGAGCUGGCUCAGACUUUCGGGAUAACCAUCAUCGUGAUCAACGGAACAUCAGCGGCUGCACCAUUCAACCAGAGUUCCGCAUUUGCAUCAACAAUCAGAAAACCUGCUUUGGGACCUUCGUUUACAUUUAUGACAGAUUGCACCCUCUGGUUAUCGAAGACGAAAGAUCUGCCUGAUUCCGAGGGCUCGUUCUCAGUGCACGUUGCAGAAGUAUUUCGUUCGAGGACAACAAGAUCGAAGACUUGGUGUACCUUCAAAUUUAGCCAUGACGUCUUGUCCUCGACAUCGGACUUCCAGCUAUCCCCGUAUACUGCAGGUCGUUUCUUGGCAUAAUACACACGUCCGGUUUGACUCGGUGGCUCGAUCGCCAACAUGGAAUUUAUUUGAACUACAGAAGCAGAUCGCGUGUCGUUGUUAAACAUCUAUUGUACAUUUUAAUCCGCAUGAAAUUCGAGAUUCGUCCAAACUAAAAG